AUGGAUCGUCAUGAGUAUCGAAGUCUGUUAAAGAAAAUGUACAUGCCUUUUGUGAGAGGUCCUGAUGACAAACAUGAUUUUGCCAGCUUCCAAGAGAAAGACAGUAAUUCUUUUCUUAAAUUCAAUCCUUACAGCCCUGUGGGGCCAGAUUACCCUUUAUUCCCACACCGGGACAAUGUGCCUUUAGCUGAUCCCUGCUCAGGAUUCAUGAGCCCAGGAGCUGAUGCUGAUUUGCAGCCCUGCUGUGGCAGAACCAUUGAGUCACUGGUGGAUUACAGUGAUGUGAAACCUCACCAGCGAGUCCCGCUCCCAGAAAAGACUGCACAGACUACACACACAAGGCAUGUGGUCCUGUUGGAGGAGGUGAGCCAGGACAGACGGUGGAACUCCAGGGCAGUGUCAGAUGCUUCUAUCAGGGCAAGACUUGGAGGUUGGACAAGUCCAAUGAAAGUUACUCCUGCUUCAUCUAAACAAAGAGAUUCUUUUCAAAUUCAUAGCUUUGCAUUUCAUGUGGACCCAGAACUUAAGAAAUCAAGUGAUCCUCCUUCUGCAAGUUGGCGAGAAGAAAAAGCAAGGGACUAUUUCUACAUCUCAAGUACCCAAAAAGCUUAUGAAGAAAUUCCUUGGGAUAAGAUAUUACCACCCAAAAUCCCACAGCCAGAGUCAACAGUAGAAAUGAUGGCUGAUCCCAUCUCCCAGUGUUUUACAAUAAAGAGAUACAAUCCUGCGCCAGAAAUAAGCCAAGUUGUUGGGGGCCUCUGGGACAGAUUUCAAACAAGAUCUUUUACUUCACCACAAAAACCAAUUGAUUUUGUAAGCCCAAGCUCUCGAACUCAACAUAUUCCUCUCUACACUGGCUGUAUUGGUGCAGAGAAUUUUGAAGACCUAGACAAUGCCAGUGUAGAUGUGAUUACUCUUGGCAGUGUUCGAACUUCAAAACCUCGCUACACAAGAACUGCUCACACUCCAAAUAUCCCUGGAUACACUGGCAAGGUUCAUUGGACAGCAACCCACCCGGCAAAUUCUAAUCUUCCAUCAACAUCCCCAUCGAUAAUUGCACAAAUGCAUGGAUACAUAGCAAAGUGUGGCCGCUCGUCUCGAUUUAAUCACCAGGGCCCUUUGUCUCAAAUACUUACUCCAGUUUAUCCUCAAAAUUCUUUCAACAAGGUGGAAAGAGAAACUAUUAAGGUUUAA